GCGCCGAAGCCAUUCAUGAAAAAGGUGACGUCAAACAGAGGGGCAGGGACGCGGGGCGGGCCCCGCCCCCCGGGGCCAUUUAAGGUGGCGCGGCGGCGCUGGCCGGGCUCAGAAGGGAGGCAGCGGCAGCGGCGAGGUCGGGUUCUAUCGGCGAGCGCAUCGUCCCGCAGCGUCCUCCGGUGCCGUUCAGCCGCUCUGCUUGCGGGGCAGCGCCUGGUGCCUCUCCCGCCACUCCCGAGGGCGCGGGGCAGCCUCCGCCGGGACUUCAUGUCUGUGCUGUGUCCCCUGCCCUGCUCUGAUUAUCUGAGAUCAGCUGAAAUGACUGAAGUGAUGAUGAACACCCCAGCUAUGGAUGAGAUUGGGCUAAGCCCCCGCAAGGAUGGCCUGUCGUAUCAGAUCUUUCCUGAUCCUUCGGACUUCGACCGCUACUGUAAGCUGAAGGACCGCCUACCCUCCAUUGUGGUGGAGCCGACAGAGGGGGAUGUGGAGAGCGGUGAGCUGAGAUGGCCGCCCGAAGAGUUCCUUGUGCAGGAGGAGGAGGAAGAGGAGGAAGAAAACUGUGAAGAUGCAAAGAAGGACAACAAGGAACAAUAAAUGGUAUCAGAGGAAAGACAAGGGACUGCACCCUUCUGAAGGAAGAACCACACUUCUUUUGAAAGUCUUUUUACAAAAAAAAAGACAAGUUCAAUUUUGCACCUGCGAGAUCUUAGUUUUUUUGUAUUCUCUGUAUUGAGAACUGAAGCCCUCGGUGUCACCAGACCUCCUGAGGAAGGAAGGAAGUAAGGCAGAGAAAUGUUUGCUGUUCUUGAGAUCGCUAUCUGUAUUUUUUCCGAGGCGGAGGCAGCAGUGAAAUUCCAAGCACAUGGCAGAGGGUGACCACGCGAGGACUGCUGGAGGGGGGAGCUCGGGGAGGGGGAGGAAGGCUGGAGCUGGCAAUGUUUGCCAGGAACUGCCCCUGGCUAAAAGCGUGAGAACAGAGGCGUCAUCUCUCAGAUUUGCCUUUCUUGCAGCUUCCAUUUUGUGUGUUGGGGGUGGAAGGAUGUCCAUAGGGAAGCAUGGCUAGAUGCUCUGCUGAUGAGGAGCCUGUAGUUCUCCCUGGUUUGGCAUCUCCUAGGGUCACACAAGCAUCUGUAGGAGUAGUUGGGUUUCUUGCUCUUGCUGUUGAGCCUGUUUUCCAGCCACUUUUCCCAAAGCUGUUUUCUCCCCUUCUGUUUGCCUUUAGACUCUUCAAUGCUGAACAGCUGUAUUUGCAGGAUAAUGUUAGGCUGCUGCUUGUCAUCUCUGCUGCAAGGCCCUAGUUUAUCUUGCAGGUGGUUAGUGUUUUACAUCAUCAGAUGUAAAGAUGCUUCUGUCUGCAGUAAGAGCUCAUGCAGGUUUGAACACUUUGGAUUUUUCUCUCCCGUUUGCUGAGGCUGCUGUGAUUGGUCUCAUCUUUAUACAGUGCCCAAAGCUAGAGAGUGGGCAAUAUGCCUCCUUGCCUUGGUGCCCUUAAGGCUGUAGGGUUUCAUGUAUGCAACUUGCUGGUGAAUGGGCUCAAGAGGGCUGGGGUGGAGGAUCUCCUCCAGCUUUGCACUACAGGGCCUCCUCAGAGCCCUGGCACUGCAAGACAGGCUGGUAGGGGUGUGCAUGGUGGGGAGUACUGCCAGACCUGGAAGUAAUCCAAAGAUGAAACAUCAGAUCUAGUGUGGAUCAUCAGCAGGGUCGGGGGGUGCAGUUUGCAGGAGGGGUCUGUUGAGAGAGAAUUAGCCUCUGUGUCCUGAGACAAGAUGCAUUUCUGUUUCAUAGCAAGGGUGGAACAUUCAUGGGUGUUCAAUGAAGUGCAGACUGGCUUGCAAAGUCUGUGGUUGCGUCCUCUUCACCAUAUCCUGCUCCAAGGAGAAGUCAUCUGUCUGUGUUUGGGGAGGAGGCCAGUCUGCCAGACAGGGUAACCCACUGCUUUCCUGGAAAAUGAUGAUCUUCAUAGCUUUGGGGACCAGCUUGGGAACCAGUUUGUCUUGGGAUAGGAUGUGAAGUUACCACCUAAACCAAAUCUGGGGUCAUGGAAGAGAAAAGGAAAUGUCAAGGCCUUAACCAAACUUUCAUAAUCCCAAUGCCACCCCCCCUUUGCUUAUAACUGGUUCCAUUUUUAAAAUCUAUUUGAUGUGUGUAUUUGUAUUUUUAAUACCUCAUGAGUAGUUAAACGCUGGUGGGGGUUGGGAACUGCUUUUAACAUAUUGGCAGGAUUGUUUUAGUCUUGUCUUGCUUGUGUUUAAACAUAAUGGCAAUAAUUUAUCAGCUCUGUAUAACUGAUUCAGACAGGAGUUUGGAGAUGAGUUAGCACAAAGGAGAGAAUUCAGUGUUCAUACACUGUGGCUGGUCUCUGGUCCAGCAAUGCAGACCCAGUUAUACACACUCCCUGCCUGUCUUGGUGGAUCUUUCAUCACCAAAUGGUCAUGAUGUGGUGAUACCAUUUUCUCUAGUGAUGGAUUCAGCUGUUGUAUCUGUAACACUUGUUCUAGUCUUGCUGUCUUACUGGAAUGAGCUUGUACACCUGCAUACCAGCCAGUUGUCUUAUUUCUAAGUGUUACUGUCUAUUGGUCUCUACCAUCUGUACCACCAAGUCAAAGCUGUGUAUCAAAGAUAGUACCAUGUGGGCAGCAAUGAGAUGGCAAUCCUUGGACUUCAGACCUGCUGUCUGCCCUAAAGACUUGCAUACUUCUGUCUGCAUCCUUUUUUUUGGAAGUAUUGUGUAUAUUUCUAUUUGUUGUUGAACAUAUCUAAAGAACAAAGCACUCCAGUAAAACUCCUCCUGUUGUAUGAUAUACAUUAUAUAUUUCUGUAAUUCUUUUUUGAGCCUCAGGGAGAAGCUAGCAUUUUUUUCAAACUACAUUUUUGUCACUGUGACAGUUGUAAAUAAAGUUUGAAAAUGCUUUCCAAA